CCGCAAGGUCCGGCUCCCACCACUACUCCCCCGGUACACACACCGUCACCUCAGGAAAUGGGAAAACAGGCCCAUUUACAACCUCAACCACAACCUCUUUCACAAGUAUAUGGGCCAACGCAAACAAGGCCGACAUCACAAGGUUACUAUCAAGGACCUAGACCACAACAACCUCGAGGCAUUAGUCACAGAGGAGGACAAGGAGGUACAGGUGCACAAGUUGUAGGAAUGUCAGGAGUUGGUGGAGGUGGAGGCCAACCAACUGCGAUUUAUCACCCAGGUGGUUUGCCAGUUCAAACUGGAGCAAUAUAUCCAGUUCCUAAUCUUCAUCCUGGCCCACAUCAACAAUCUUUAUACGCAAUGAACAAUCAAAUGCCCCUUCAGGUAGUAUUCGGUGGUCCUCCUCAGAGGCAUCAAACGCAUCAAAAUCAGUCGUAUUUCCCACCAUUUCAACAUUCGGCUAUUCUAACGCAAAAUAUGUUUGGAUAUGGUGCACCUGCACCAACUCCUCAACCUUAUUAUUGGCCUACUGGUCAACCACCGAAUACACCACUAAUAAGUAGGGCAGGUGCAAGCGCUGUUACUGGUGGGGCACAACAUGUUGCAGGCCCGCUGGCCGGUGCCCAAGGAGCCCCAGUAGUACCACAAGGUACACUUCAACAGCCCACACAACAAGCGCAACCUUUACCCCCAAUGGGUAUAUCUCUUUCUCAGACUGAUGUAUAUUCGGGUCAUAACGGUGGUGCAGCGAAUACGACAAAUAGUACGACAAAAUCUCGGAAACCAAGAGGACAAAAUGCUAUUACUGAUAUAGUAGAUCCAUCAACUGGUAAAAAUAUAAGCCAUGAGAUUUAUAAAGAUAAUGAAACUAUUCAAAGUGGUGAAUCUAGCAAUCGUGAAACACCUCAGCCACAAAAUAAUGAUGCUGAGGUGCAAGCCGACUUUGCAGCCCGGGUUGCAAAAACACUUGCGAAAGUCGUGACCGAAGAGUCUAAUUCUGACUCGACGGUACCGACUUGUGUACCAAACACAUCUACAACUCAAAAUGUAACACAAAGUUUAUCUAAUUCUCAAACAAAUUCUACUAAUGAUGUGAAUAGUCAGUGUAACACAAGUUCAACAACGCAGAAUAUACCUAACGUAGCCACGAUAUGUAGUCAGUCGUUAGGUACCACUAAUAACGUAUCUCAAAUAGAUUCCUGUAUAAUGAAAAUGGAGUCUAAACAAUUACAAAUUCCUGUGAAGGAAUUUCAACCUCGAAGUGAAUCGAAAAGUGUGGUCAUUGAAGAACCACCACUAACCGUAUCGCGUAACGUAAACAAGGAUGAUAUUUCUGCGCAGUUACCCGUAACUGAAGUUGAAGUCAAGAACACGAGUGCCACACCUAUUAUAACACAGACGUCAAUUCCCAUUGUGACUAUACCAAGUACGAAUGUUCCGGAGGUCCCAAAACCGUCCACCACUGCCCCAAGUGUUAAUCCUGUUCCUGCCAGAGAUCCUUUUCCUAAUUUUCCUAAUUUAUCCAAUAAAAAUUCAUCGAGUUCACCACCUAGAAGAAAGUCCCAGACCCACACUCAUAAUCAACCUGUUGCUACUGCUGCUGUUUCUACUGGUGCAACUGAGUUGCCGUCGAGUGCCAAAGAACAAAAAGAAAAAAAAGCGAGGGAAAAGAGUCUUAAUUCUAGAGGCACUACUCCUACACCUACUCACAAUCAAACUGACCAUCAUUUGAAAGCGAAUGGAGAUGCGACUGGCGAUAAACCGGAGUCUGAACCUGUUCGAAGUGAAGUACAACAGCAAAAAUCAUCUGAUGGUAAAGCAAUGCAGAAACAGAAAAAUAAAAAUAAGCUUAAGCCCCGAGAACUUAAUCGAAAAGGAGCAGAAAAAGAAGGUACAGAUAUGGAUGCUUUCGUAAACACUGUACCUCCGGUGCAAUCUGAAAUGAAACGAGAUCCUUUAACACCAAAGGAUAGCAAUAAAGAAACAAAUCGCGAAAUUACGAAAGAUAAUAAGGAAAAAGAUAAUUAUGAACCGAAAAAAGAGAAGGAAGUUAUUUCUGUUAAUACAAAAACGGAAAAACAAACUACUUCCGUGACGUCAGAAAUCUCAAAAGAAAGUGUUCUCAUACAAGCACCUGUUAUAGAAAAACUGCCAAGCAACAAAGAAACUAUAAAAGAAUCUUCUCCUAAAAUAGAGGAUAAUAACAAAACGAAUAUAUGUAAUAUGCAAACAAAAUCAGUUCCUAAUGAUGUUGUUGAUCAUGUGAAAGUUAAAGAAGAACCUGAUGUGGAAGCAAUAGUAGCACAAAAAAAUGAAGAGAAUUCAAAGGUUUCCGCAAUUCGAACAUCUAAUGAAGACAAAUCACAAGUAUCUUCUGUUAUUGAGAAGUCAGCUGAAAAUGAAUCUUUAGUUCAAACUGAAAUUACACCAAUUACAAAUCAGAUACAAUUAAAAUAUAAGUAUAAGGAAGAUCAAUGGAGUCCUAUCAAUAAAAGCGGUAAAAAGGUUUAUGAUCGUGAAUUUUUAAUGAAACUUCAGGAUGAUCCCAACAGUAAAAUUAAACCAUCUAAUUUACCAGAUUUAGAUGUUGUUUUAAAGGAUAGUUCAAAGGCAAGAACUACCCUUGAUCUUAGGCCAUUUAAAGAUACAAAUAUGAAUAGACACGAUGUUUUAUUUCCAGGAUUCAUAAAAUCAACUUUAAAUACACGAGUGCCACCUCCUAAUCGUAAAAGCCAUCCAGGAAAAUCAUCAAAACCAACAAAGCCAAAUGUUAUUCAUGUUUCAUUAUCUCUUAGAGAAGAUGUAAAAUUAAGAGAAACUGAAAAUGCGUGGAGACCGACAAGAUUAAAAACGUUAAAUCUUAGUGAAGAAGAAGCAAAAACAGAAGCUCUUUUUAAGAGAGUUAGAAGUGUGUUAAAUAAACUUACACCUCAAAAAUUUAAUACUUUAGUUGAUCAAGUACGUGCGUUAACUGUGGAUACCCCAGAACGAUUACAAGGUGUAAUUAAUUUAGUCUUUGAAAAGGCUGUUGAUGAACCAAGUUUUUCUGUAGCAUAUGCACUUAUGUGUAAAGAACUUGCUGUUAUGGAAGUUUCAGGCUCAGAUAAAAAUUCAGAUAAACAAGAGUGUUCGUAUACUUUUAAAAAACUCAUUAUUAAUCGUUGUCAAAAGGAAUUUGAAAGAAAUCCAGUAAAUGAAGUUGCAAGAGCUAGUAAGCUUAAAGAAAUAGAGGAAUGUACCGAUCCUGAAAAGAAAAAGGAUUUGCAAUUAGCACUUGAAGAAGAAGAACGAAGAACACGCAUAAAAUCAGUAGGAAAUAUUCGAUUUAUUGGAGAAUUGUAUAAGCAAGGAAUGUUAACAACUAAAAUCAUGCAUCGUUGUAUAAAAGAGUUAUUAAUUCAGAGCGAUGAAGAUAGUCUGGAAUGUUUGUGCAAAUUAUUAACAACAGUUGGAAAAGACUUAGAAUCAAAAGUAUCUCCAGAAGAAAUGCAAGAUUAUUUUAAUAAAAUGCAAGAUAUUGUUGCACGACGGGGACAUGGGAAAAUUAGCUCUCGAAUUCGUUUCAUGUUGCAAGAUGUCAUAGAUUUAAGAGCAAAUAAUUGGAUUCCAAGGAGAGAUGAUAGUAAUCCUAAAACAAUAGAUCAAAUUUUAAAAGAAGCUGAUUCUGAAAGAUUAGAUAGUCAAUUAAGUAAUACUCCUUUGAAUACACCUCGAAAGGAUGAACGUACUAGUGAUAGAAAAAGAAAUCGUGGUGUUGGUCCAACUGAUGAUGGUGGUUGGAGUCAACCUGUUGUAAGAACAAGACCGCAAUAUUCUGUUGAAACAGCUAAACUUAAAAAUAAACCUCCUCCGAUGGACGAUUUACAAUUAGGUAGCAGAAAUGUGUAUAUGUGGAAAACACCUUCGAGUUGCGGUUCAAAGGCAAUAAAUUCAAAUAAAUUUGCAUGUUUAGAAAAUGUAUCAACUUUAGAUCAAGAUAAAAGAAUGACAUCUCCACAACUCUCUGGAUCAAGGUCUACUGGACCAAGAGAGUAUGGUCGUGACUACAAACCUUCCUAUGAUGGUAGGAGUUCACGCAAUGGUAGUCAUCAAUUAAACAGUUCAUCGUCAAGUAGAGAAAGUUCAUUAUUAGAUAAUUCACAAAGUCAAAACGUUUCUAUGCCACCACCCUCAUUGAAGUCCUCACAAUCUACCUCUAGCAGUCAUAAACCUUCAAUGACACAUGAAGAAUUUUUGAAAACAUUAAAUAAGAUAAUGAAAGAUUAUCUAAAAAAUCCUAUUCUCGAAAAAGUUUCAUUGGCUAUUCAACAAAAUUUCGACAACGAAUUAUCAAAAUUCACAUCUGAAUUGAUUAACUUUGUACUUGAAAAAUCACCCCUUGAUAGAGAAAUCAUAUCGUAUCUUCUAUCUCAUUUGAUUACUCAAAAAAUUUUACCUAUAUCACAUCUAAGGAAUGGAUUUAUUGAAAUAUUGGAUGUAGUUGAUGAUCUUGUGCUUGAUAUACCUAAAGUUUGGUCAUAUAUACCAGAGAUACUAUCACAUCCAAUAGAAGAGGAAAUACUCUCUCUAAAUGAAUUGAAACCUAUAUUUGAUAGUUUAAGGGGUAGGGGAUAUGUAGGAAUAUUCCUUGGAGAAUUAUUAUCAAAAUUAUCCCGGGAUAAAGGAUCUAAGUGGGUUGCAGAUAAGUGGGACCAAAGUGGACUUCAAUUGAAUAAUAUAAUUGAUACAGAACUUGAAAAAGUUGAUAAAAUUAUUAAAGAUUAUAACUUGGAGUUCUGCACUGGUGAUUAUAAUAGUGCCAAAAGCUCAACUAGUAAUCAGCUCACAUUACAACAAAUUCAUGAUGAACUUAGAAGACUCAUGAAGGAAAGUAAUUUCGAUGUAAUUUGUGCUUGGAUAAUUGAAAAUGUAGGUAAUCGAAUUAAAGAACCUGAAUUUAUUCGAGUAUUAACGACUGCCAUUUUAGAGACGUCCAUGGAACCAGUAAAUACUAACACAAACAGAUGGUGUUUAAAGACCGAUGUUUUCAUUAAUUUACAACAAUUAAUUCGUCGGUUUGUCGAUACAAAUGAAUCUUUAGAAUUACAGUGUCUUUAUGCAAUUCAACUUCAUUUGCAUAAUUUACAAUAUCCACACGGGAUUCUCUUUAAUAUUAUGACAAGUUUAUCAGACUAUAAUAUAAUUUCAAGUGAGGCAUUCUUGACAUGGAAAAAAAGCCCUGAGCCAGCUCAACGCGAGUGGCAUGGAGUUGCGACGAUGGCGUUGACAUCAUUUUUCACAGGUUUACAAGAAGCUGAUGAUGCUUCUAGUGUAGAAGAUGUAUCAACUAGCGUGAGCCAAGACCGUUGUUGACGAUACCGUGAACGGGUACAUUAUCGUCUGUUGAAAAGACUUAAAUAUACGUUCCCUCGUUAAAAAACUACGCGAAGUGAGAUCAAAUUGCAGUUUUUUUAAAAAAACGUCGUAUAUAAUUAAAAAAAACAAUGGAGUGAUAGUAGUGCGCGGGUGUAUGUAAUAUAGUCUAGAACUUCGAAGAAAAAGAAGUGAAAGAUAAUAAAGAAGGUUGUCAUAUAAAAACGGACACAAUGGCUGAAACCGCUAUACAUAAUGAAGAUAAAGAUUAAUUAUUAAUUAUGAUACAAAAGUAAAUGCAAGAUAAUUAUUAUAUAUAAUUCAUUGAAAUGGUUUAAAGUUUAAAAAAAAAAAAAAAAAAAAAAAAAAAAAGAAAAAAAAAAGAGAACAUUAUCGUAUUUCUUAUGUCUUGCGAAACGUCACUACAGCUUGUCAAUCGCCCAAUUUAAAAUUUAUGUAUAAUUUUUCUUUUACGCUUUGUAUUGGAAAAUCGUAAAGGAUAUAUUCAAUUUCAUCAAGCGAUAUUCGCAAAACAGCCGGUGUUUGCUGUGUAUAACUUAGAUAACAAAUUGCAGAUCACAGGUGUGUAUAAGUAGGUCAAUUUUAAGUAAAUUAUAUUUGAGACAUAUGCAAAAAGAAAACUAUUGAUAACCAAGUCUGAUGCAAGGGCGACGGUUCUUCCUAUUAUUAUAAUAAAUAUAAACAGAAUUACUAAUUUAUAUCUUGCGAAUUUAACAAUGUAUUCAACUGUAUGAUGAAAAAAAUACAUUCGUAAUUAAAGAAGAAUGAGAGUGAACAGUCAAAACAUAACAUUACGAAAUAAUUCGUAAUGUAAAAUAUGUUGAAAAUAGGAAACGGAAGGAUACAAAUGGUGUGAAUAUUAAGGCGCUACUAUUUUUUAAACUAGUUAUUUAUGAACUUUGAGAGAGCAGAUAAUAGUGCGUGGGAUGGAAUGUUUGCAUGAAUAACAGGUGGCAGGUGUCGUAGCAAAUUGUAUAAAAUUAUUAUACUAAUUUAAAGUACAGUGUGA